AGACAGGUGUUGUUACUGAGAGUUGAAAUGGCACAGAAAGGAGUUCAGCCGGACCGAGAAACCUUCUCUUGUCCCAUCUGUCUGGAACUACUGAAGGAUCCGGUGACUGUUUCCUGUGGACACAGCUACUGCAUGCAGUGUAUUAAAGCCCACUGGGAUAAAGAGGAUGAGAAGAGAGACUACAGCUGCCCUCAGUGUAGGAAGACCUUCACACAAAGGCCUGACCUGGGGAAAAACAUCAUGUUAGCAGAUUUAGUGGAGGAGCUGAAGAAGACUGGACUCCAAGCUGCUCCUGCUGAUCACUGCUAUGCUGGACCUGAGGAUGUGGCCUGUGACGUCUGCACCGGGAGGAAACUGAGAGCCAGUAAGUCCUGUCUGCAGUGUCUGAUCUGUUUUUGUGACAAACACCUUCAGCCUCAUUUUGAAUUACCGGCCUAUAAAAAACAUAAACUGGUGGAGCCCUCCAAGAAGCUCCCGGAGAACGUCUGCUCUCGUCAUGAUGAGGUGAUGAAGAUGUUCUGUCGUACUGAUCAGCAGUCUAUCUGUUAUCUCUGCUCUGUGGACGAACAUAAAGGCCACGACACGGUCUCAGCUGCAGCAGAAAGGACUGAGAGGCAGAGAGAGCUCGAGGGGAGUCGACUAAACAUCCAGCAGAGAAUCCAGGACAGAGAGAAAGAUGGGAAGCUGCUUCAACAGGAGGUGGAGGCUAUAAAUGGUUCUGCUGAUAAAGCAGUGGAGCACAGUGAGGAGAUGUUCACCGAGCUGAUCUUUCUCAUGGAGAAAAGACGCUCUGAUGUGAAGCAGCAGAUCCGAUCCCAGCAAGAAACUGAAGUGAUUCGAGUCAUAGAGCUUCAGGAGAAGCUGGAGCAGGAGAUCACUGAGCUGAAGAGGAGAGACGCCGAGCUGCAGAAUAUGUCACAGACAGAGGACCACAACCAGUUUCUACACAACUACUCCUCACUGUCAGUACUCAGUAAAUCCACACACUCAUCCGGCAUCAAGAUCCGUCCUCUGAGGUACUUUGAGGAUGUGAAAGCAGCUGUGUCAGGAGUCAGAGAUAAACUACAGGAUGUUCUGAGAGAGGAAUGGACAAACAUCUCACAGACAGUGACUGAAGUGGAUGUUUUACUGUCACAACCAAGACCAGAACCAGAGCCCAAGACCAGAGAUGAGUUCUUAAAAUAUUCAUGUGACAUCACACUGGAUCCAAACACAGCAUACACACGGCUGUUAUUAUCUGAUGGGGACAGAAAAGCAACAUUAAUGGAUCAACAUCAGUCUUAUUCUAGUCACCCAGACAGAUUCAAUGAUCCUCGUCAGGUCCUGAGUAGAGAGAGUCUACCUGGCCGUUGUUACUGGGAGGUGGAGCGGAGAGGAGGACUGUCUGUAGCAGUCGCAUACAAGAAUAUUAGCAGAGCAGGGAGCGCUAAUGAAUGUGGAUUUGGACUCAAUGACAAAUCUUGGGCUUUAGAUUGUGACACCAACAGUUACAACUUUUGGUACAACAAUGUCAGCACACCUGUUUCAGGUCCUCAGUCCUCCAGAGUAGGAGUGUACCUGGAUCACAGAGCAGGUAUUCUGUCCUUCUACAGCAUCUCUAAAACCAUGACUCUCCUCCACAGAGUCCAGACCACAUUCACUCAGCCUCUACAUGCUGGACUGUAUGUUUCAGACACAGCUGAGUUGUGUCAGUUAAAAACAAUGUGAAUUUGAACUUUGAGCUUUGUUCCUUAUUAAACCCCCUAAAAAGAACAAAGAUAUAAACAAUAACAAAAUAAUAACACUUGCUAUUAACAAAUGUCCUUUACUGUAUUGUUUGUUCAGAGCUCUGCUUGAAUUUGAAAUGACAGACCACAGAUGUGAUGACAUUAAUAUGUAGGAGGAUGGGGUUUUUUUUACUCUUAAAUCAAAGCCAGAAUUCUGAGAACAAAACCGGGAUUCUGAGAACAAAGACGGAAUUCUCACAUCAAAGCCUGAAUUCUUUUAUCAAAGACAGAAUUCUCAGAUCAAAGCUAGAAUUCACAGAUCAAAGCUAGAAUUCUCAGAUCAAAGCUAGAACUCUCAGAUCAAAGCUAGAAUUCUCAGAUCAAAGCUAGAACUCUCAGAUCAAAGCUAGAACUCUCAGAUCAAAGCUAGAAUUCUCAGAUCAAAGCUAGAACUCUCAGAUCAAAGCUAGAACUCUCAGAUCAAAGCUAGAACUCUCAGAUCAAAGCCGGAAUUCUGAGGUCAAAGCCAGAAUUCUGAUAUUAUCAUAUUUGUGUCCUGAAUGCAGCAUCACAAUAGCUGGCAUCAGAAAAGUGUGGAUGUGGUGGAAGUUAUAUUGAGGAUGUUUUUUUUCUCUGAAAGUCUGUGAAAACUCUAUAAUCACAUGGAAUGGAAAUGUAUUUGGGAGAAUUGAUUUGUUUCAAAUUUAAAAAGUUUGAUAAUCAA